AUGGACCUCGGUGGUUUGGAGACGGUGGUGGCAAACUCUGCCUAUGUUUCAGCCCGUGGUAGUAUGGAUGGAUCAUCAGCAGCAGCCAUGCGUGACAAGAAGAUGCGGGCCAGGCUGAAGCUCCCACAUAUCAGAGAUUGCGAACACAUGAAAACAUCUGUAGACACAACCUUUGACAACAUGUGUAUCAAACAGCCCAUUGGCAAGCGCCUGUUCCAACAGUUUCUGGAGAGUGAUGCAACCUAUAAAAAUGCUGGAGAGCUGUGGAAAGACAUUGAAGACUACACCAUAUGUCAAGAAAAGGAGAGAGAGCAGAAGGCCCAAAAAAUUGUCAAUAAAUACUAUAAGUCCGCUUCAAAGAAUUUUUGCAGCUUCCUGGAAGAGAAGGCCGUCACUCGAGUUGUUGAAGACUUCAAGCAUGUCCGUGGUGACCUGUUUAAAGAGAGCGAGAGGCAGCUGCUCAAACACCUGGAGAAGGCCACAGAUGGCUUUAAGAACAGCAUGUACUUCCUGCGUUAUGUUCAGUUCAAAUGGCUGGAGAGCCAGCCUGUUGAUGAGGAGUGGUUCAAUGACUUCAGGGUCCUGGGUAAAGGAGGUUUUGGGGAAGUGUUUGCUUGUCAGGCUAAAGCAACAGGCAAAAUGUACGCCAACAAGAAGCUGGAGAAAAAGAGGCUGAAGAAACGCAAAGGCUAUGAGGGAGCAAUUGUGGAGAAGCGCAUUCUUGCAAAGGUUCACAGCCGCUUCAUUGUGUCGCUGGCUUACGCCUUCCAGACCAAGACUGACCUCUGCCUAAUCAUGACCAUCAUGAAUGGUGGAGACCUCAGGUUUCAUAUGUAUAAUGUGGAUGAAAAGAAUCCUGGUUUUGAUGAGAAGAGAGCAUGUUUCUACACAGCUCAGAUCAUCUGUGGGGUGGAGCACCUUCACCAAAACAGGAUAAUCUACAGAGACCUGAAACCAGAGAACGUGCUGCUGGAUGAUGCAGGACAUGUCCGCCUGUCAGAUAUGGGUCUGGCUGUUGAACUUCCGCCAGGAAAAGACAAAACUACUGGAUAUGCAGGAACUCCAGGUUUCAUGGCUCCAGAGCUGCUCGAGAAGAAGGAGUAUGACUACACGGUGGACUAUUUCACACUGGGGGUCACCCUGUAUGAGAUGAUUGCCGCCAAAGGGCCCUUUCGAGUACGAGGAGAAAAGGUUGAGAAUACCGAGGUAGCUCGCAGAAUCUUGAACGAUCCAGUUUCAUAUACACCAGCCUUCAGCAAAGAGUCCAAAGAUAUCUGUGAAGGCCUGAUGCACAAGGACCCUGCGAAACGCCUCGGGUUCAAAAAUAACGAGUGCGAGGAGCUCAAGAACCAGCCCUUCUUCAAAGAUAUUAACUGGGGCCGUCUGCAAUCAGGUUUGCUACCACCACCAUUUGUCCCUAGUGCUACGACGGUCUAUGCCAAAGAUAUUGGUGAUGUGGGCGCCUUCAGCACAAUCAAAGGUGUGGUCCUGGAUAACAAGGACACUGAGUUCUACAAUGACUUUGCUUCUGGCAACAUCCCGAUCCCAUGGCAGGAAGAGAUGAUUGAGACGGGUGUGUUUGGAGAGCUGAAUAUCUGGGGAGAGAACGGAAAGCUGCCCAAUGACCUCAACCCAAACUACGUGGAAACCAAAGGUGGAGGAUGUGUGCUCCUGUGA